UUUUAACGCGCGUUAGGUUGUUGAUGUCAAUUGUUGUGAUUGCGACGUUAUUAAGUGACUGUGCUGUGUAGCUACAGAGGUCCAAUGCUAAAGAAUCUUGUAUCACUUUAUCAUACUGUGCGUUACUUCAGUGACAUCCCCGCAAUGAGUCACAUCAAGCAUCUUGUCAGCACAUCAGGCAACAGACUCGCAUACCAACAUCUCAGGGGCCUCAACCCUGGGCUCAUAUUUCUCCCCGGCUAUUGCUCUGUGAUGGACGGCAUCAAAGGCAACGCCCUGUACGAGUACAGCUUCAGAACAGGCAGACAAUACACACGAUUUGACUAUUCCAGUAUGGGCCAGUCAGAAGGAGACUUCAACAAGUGCAAUCUGACUAUUUGGUUGCAAGACUUUCUCACAAUAUUGGAUCUUGUGACCGACGGUAAGCAAUUGCUAGUCGGUUCCAGCAUGGGUGGGCAUCUCAUGCUCUUAGCCACGCAGGCAAGGAAAGAUCGAAUUCAUGGGCUUCUGGGUUUAGCAACGGCAGUCGACUUUCUACCUCGGAUUUUCAACAGGAUUAGCUCUACAGAACGCAAUCAGUUAGAGUCACAAGGCGUUAUGUAUAGAGACACACCAUAUAGUGAUGACCCAAUGCCGUUCACUCAACUUCUGUUUGACGACAGUAUGAAGGGAAGGAAUCGUGUCAUGCUGACCGAUUCACUACCGAUUCACUGUCCUGUGCGUCUGAUCCAUGGCAAGAAGGAUAACGAUAUACCUUGGCGUUGGACUGACCAGCUGGCCACCAAGUUGACUCAGAGUGUAGAUGUGAAGGUCUGUUAUAUCGAAGACGGCGAGCAUGUCCUAUCACGAGACGAUGAUCUGCGAGUUAUGUUUGCAAACAUCGAGGAACUUCUACGAAUCGGAAAGGUUGGCUACAUGUAGUUUCGGUAGUGCAUUUUGAUACCCUUGCUCACGUCUUGUUGUUUACAUUAACAUUAUCCUUACAUGUCUGUAAUGCAAUUUUCGUAUGACUUAUGCAGAUCGAAUUUUGGUUGUGUAUCUAUGCAUGCAGACACUGUGAUCAACUGAACGAAUUUUUGUAUAAUUUUAUAUUUACACUGUGAUUUUGACAGUCAUAAAGCAGUCAUCUUAUCAAUAUGCACCCUGUAAUGCAGGGGCGUAGCGUGGCAUGGGCUAGACCGAGCUAUAGGACCCCAUCAUGUGUAGGUGUGGUCAUAAAAAUUGUGGACUGUAAAUA